AUGGCAAAGGCAGCGCCAGACUCGAACACUGCCCGCGUCGCAGCAGCACUGACGGCCCAGCUCAUCCACGAGCUCGUCGUCGACAUCGCAGUCGAGGAACACCGUCUCGCCCUGCUCAGGCGGGAACGAACAGCAGCGGCUCAGCAGGCUGGGCUGGAUGGAGCACUGAACGGUGCAGCUGGUUCUGGCGCAGCGAACGGCGCAGAUGCUGGCACGAGUCCGGUCAAGAAGGACGAGGGACUGUUCGAAUGCCUCGUCUGCUCGAGACAGAUUGCAGCGCCGCGGUAUGCGAGCCAUCUGAGCGGCUGCAUGGGGCUGGGAGGAUCGCGGCGAGGAGGAGAAAGAAGGGCAGCGGCGGCUAGCUCGCGCGCAAACGGUGCUUCGAGGACUGGCUCCGUCGCGAGUUCGUAUGGGUCGGACAGCGAGAACGCCAAGUCGAACGGGAUCAAGCGAUCCGCGACUGCAUCUCCUGCGAACGGCGCUCCCAAGCCAAAGAAGCCGAAACCGGCUCCUCUCUCGACACCCCACGGCAUCUCCUCCCCCUUCCAGCCACCGCACACCGGCUCCCAUCCCCUCUCGAAAACCAUGUCCCUCCCCUCCUCCCCUCUCGCUCCAUCCCCAAGCGGCCACACAACUCCCCAACCUCUGCGCACACCCGGCCUACCCGCUCACUCACCGCUCCCGCUCGACGCCCAAGCUCCGGCAAUGCAAGCACGCAAGUCUCUCCCAGGCUCGAUGGGCAUCCCUCCUCCCGCCGCUACGAAAACCCCUCGCGUCGCGCACCCACUCGCGCAGUCACAGCCUGUUGCAGCGCCUCGAACACAGCAGGCAGGGUACGACCCUGACAGACCUGAUAGCGACUCGGAGAACUCGGACGACGAGUUGGUCGUCGUGCCGCCGAAGGGUCAGAGGCAGCCUCAGCCUGCGCAGAAGAUGCCCAAGGGUGCGAACGGUGCGCCAGCGGGACCGGGAGCGGGACAGGCAAAGGGACAGAAGACGCCGAGGAAGGUGCCGCCGCCCGGAGGACGGAAGGCGGUUGCGAGAGCUGUCGCCGAUUCUGGCUCAGAGAGCGAUGACGAUGCGUCGGCUGGAUCCGACUCAGACUGA